UCCAUAAAUAAUAAACCAAAGUUUUUGUAUUUAAAGGAAGGGAAGAGUUUGAAAAAGCCGAAACAACUUAGAAAUAACUUGAGUUUGGUCCCCAUUUUGUGGUCUGCUGAGGAGCAAGUGUUGGUUUCAAGUGUCAAAUUUGUGCCCGUCUCCGUUCCCACUCGUGGAUGCUAGAUGUCAUUUUAAAAUGAACAUUUUACUUACUAUAAAAGAUUAAUGGACGAGUUUCUUGUGAGCUUUCAAACAUCCAGCCUAGGAAUGACAAUGACUUCUAACAGUAUAGGAGAACUAUAUAACAUCAUCGCCUUAAACAAGGCUCUUGACGAAUUUGGUAUGCUAAGUGCCAUUACAGAAAGUCGCAAAGAGUACCUACAAGAGUGUCUCAAAAACGGGAUGGAAAAGCUAAACAUAGACCAGCCAGGACCAUCUUGUGUUUGCUGGGAUUCCCAAAAGAGUCCUAAGAGCCCCGGCUCAUCACACACCACGACUGAGAAAGAAAACACCAAUUUCGGAGGUUUCCAAGUGUUAAAGAUGAACUCCACCUUCAUAACGAGCUUUAAAGCUGGUUAUGAGCUUCCUUGUCAUGGAAUUAAAGAACCUUCUUCCAAAAGAGUGAUAAAGUGUUUUUCCCGGAGAAGAAGAGUGCGGACUCACCCUUACGAAAAUAAUACCUCGGUUCCUAGUACCAGUGAUAUGCCCUCUUCUUAUAGUAAUGGGUCCUAUAGACUCAGAACGACCAGCCUCAGUAGUGGCACAAGUAAAAGGGGAUUUGGUCUCAACAGAGGUGGAGCCAAUACAAAUGGGAAUGCCAGUUCCGGAAAUACUUUAGUUCGUUCUCGUAGUAUGGAAAAUCUAACGGCUUCAAUGGAUGAAGGGUUGAUCUUGUCAUCCAAACCUCGUGAGUUAGAAACGGUUUCAAAAGGCAUCCAGCAGCUAAGAAUGGAUGAUUGUACCUGAAUUGCUCCUACCAAUAUGUACCUGUAUGUUUUAUUGGUAAGCCCUAAUGUUAUAUUACUACUAUAUACUGAAUAGCUUUUAGCUAGCUGUCUGUUGUGUUUAUAUAGUAAGUUUUAAUAAAUUGCAUUUGAUAACAAUUAACAAGAGUUGUAAAAUGUACCUUUAAAGGAAGCGUUGUAUUGCUGAAAACAUUGAUGUGAGUUAUCUUGUUCAGAUAACUGUUUUUAUAAAUGCAUUAUAAGGCAGUGAUUUUUGUUGUUAGAAGGUGUAUGGUUUUCUCCGUUUCUGAAAUACGAUGACAUUCAACAACGUGAAAUUUAACUUCAGAUCAGAGACCAAACUGAGAGUUUUCUCAUGACUAAAUAUCAGAAUUAAGUAUGAACAUGAUUUUUAUUAUCUUUUCAGGUCAUAGCAGUUCUAGUGUUUUUUCAUAGAUUUUAUCUAGUUGAAUUUUUCAUUUAAGAUGAUUUCAUAUACGUAUAAGUCAUUGUGUUGCAGAAGGGUGUUGCAAAUUCUGACAGCACUGUCCACAGGCGCCUUUGAUGAAUGAAGCAUGCAUAGCAUAAAAAGCUUUACAGAAUGUUUGAAUUGAUAUUUAAAGUUUUAAAGAGAGUACAGUAUUUAUAGUAUUUUGGAAAUUAAGAUGUAGAAGGAUAUUACAGUAUAGCUUUUUUUUUUCUUCCCCCAGAAGAGAAAUUUUUCAAAAGUUAACAUUGCACAGUUUGCUGUGUACCCAACCAGAUUUUUGAUUGACCAGCAUAUUUGUUGUGUGGGUGUGCCCAUUGAUGGCUGUGCCUUUCAGAAUAUAGAUGCUGUGUGCCAGCAAACUACUCAUCGCCAAAUUCUAUUGUGAUGUUCUCAGGCAGAUAGUUGAUGUUAGUGAGCUAAUCUGGGUGUCUUCUCAAAUCUCUGUUAUAAGCCCACGGUUUAGCCGCCUAAAAGAAAAUUCAAGGAAUAUUAUUUAUUUACAGCAGCUGAUGAUUAUGAAAGAUGAAUGGUGAAUUUUGGAUGUAACUCAGAUCUUAUUUUUUUGUGAUAAAGUAUGACGUAAAAUGAAGAGAAAAACUAGGGUAAGAUUUUUACAGUGUGAAGAGCAAACACCACAUCAAGAACUCUUAAAUGUUAACAGAAUCUUAACCCAAAGCUUACAGGUUCAUUAAGCAUGUAUGACAGAGCUGUGUUAGAUCCAAAAUUCACUAAGAUCAGAAUAUUCUCUCACUUGUUCUUGGUAUUUUUUUUUUUUCUAAGAUUGUUAUGAAAGUUGCACAGUAACUAAUUUGUUUUUAAGAAUGACGUGGACUUGCAAGAGGUUUUUAUCCUUAAAAGAGGAGUUAUUGUUAUAUAAAAACUAUGGGGAAACCUGUCAAAUGGAAGGACUAUGUAAAUCUUAUGCUUAAGAACUCUUCUCCAGCAUGUCUUCUAAUCCUAAGCCUAUAGUUCAUAUUUUGUAAAGAAUAAGAUCUUUGUGGAAAGAACUGACAUAUUAUUACAGACGACAACCCAUUAUCAAGGUUAGAUGCCUGUGUUGGAUCACAUAAAUGUAAAGAAGUGUUGGAUUACAUACAAAGAGAAAUGUAUUCCUGUUCACUGCAGUCUAUACUUGGUUACUGGUUUGAUGUGAUAGCAGUUGAGUGAAGUACAGCAGCUGCGUGAGUCACAAAAUUUAAGAGUACUGCAUAAAUAUUUAAGGAAUUGUAUUGAAAUACUUAAUAUGUUACAAUACAAAUCUCAACCAUACAACUGUUUACUUAGGUAUUCUUACCCUAUUCAGGGCAGACAAUUGUUAGGUUGAAUGAGAAUUAUUAGACGCCAGUGGGAAAAGCCUUGGAGUAACCUGUCCCACCUGUCAAAUGCUCUCAUUCUGGAACUGUUUUUUUCAUCCCUUGGUAAAAAAACUACCUACCUCAACAUUCGGCUACUGAGAACUGUUUUGUUGAUUCUUACCCUUUUAGUUUCUUGCAUUAGUGUGAAGUCUCUUCUUGGAUACUUGGAAUUAUAUGUGAGAAUUUGGUUUCCAUCCAGAAUGUCCCUGGUUAGGGUUACACCAGCAUCCUUUCAAGGAGUUUAUCAUCAGUGCACAGUGACAAGCGGCAAGCCAUCGAGCAAUUAGAAUUCUUGGAUGCUCUGGAUAUAGUUUGCUAGGCAAGUUACUAUUAGUCUUUGUUCCACCAAGAGUACUUACCCUCACCACAUGUGGCUUGGCAGCUGUUAUGAGGAUCUCUAAUAAAUGACUGCUGCAGGUAAUUGAUUUUUUUUAAAUAAAUAAUUAGUAAAACUGAUGGAGAUCAAGGAUGGUCUACAUUUCUUUGAGGAUCUUUUACAAAAAGCACAUUUGCUGUGAUAUAAAUCAAAUUGAAGUUGAUCACAUAGCUUAGAAACAGGAAUCACCUGAUUUGAAUCCUGUGUAAGGUGUACUAGUAUUACAGCCUGAAGGUGUAUGCUUUCCUCUCUAACUCUGUUGAGAGCUGGCUCAGUGAGGUGAAUGUCAUCCACAUUAGGAUAUUUAUUCUUUGUCACCCAGUUAUGGCCCCGAUAACAGUGCAUUAGGUUACUGAUCUGUCAUUCUUGUUUACCUUGGCUGUGGCUCAAGUUCCUGCAGGAGAACACUUAAUUUGGUAUUAUCAAGGUGCUGAACCAUGUAGUUCAAGUACAUUGGUUUUCUUUAAGCAGCUUUUCUAGAGUCUUCAAAUGAAACACUAAACUUAUAAAGAAGGAAAUUAUCCAUCUUCCAUAAUUAGUGUUAUUAGUAUUUAAAUAAACAUCUCUGCACUCUGCUACUACUCCCAGUUAAUCAGACUUCUCUUCAGUCUUACUGGUGUUAUGCAAGAAAGUACCUCAUGUCUUCUUUUGAACUGGAGAACCUAUGAAGGAACUAAAAAAGUUACCUCCAUUAACCACAGCCUUAAUUCUGCACAUGUUUUAAUGAUGGCUUAUUGCUGACAGUUUGAUAUUGGCACUUAUGUCUCCAAGAAAAGCAAGUGAAUAUCAGUGACUUGAAGCUGACGUAACUCUUUCAAGAGGCUAGAUGCUUAGAUAUUGGUAGGAUGUCAUGGCAAGACAUGAGGUUUUUGAUAGGGAGGAGGACAUAGUAAUACCUUAUGCUAUUCCUGUUCUGGCUUGUUAGUUUUAAGUGUGCUCUCCAGUAACUGGACAAAAUAUCAUUGCAUUCCAUGUGGUCAAGACUUUGCAUCUCCAUUAAGGCUUCCACAAUAGAAAAUUUGCAUAGGUGGUAUUGAGCCACUAAGCUCAUAGUGUGUAUCAAGUUACAACUUUAUCAAUACUUUUUAAAACAAUGCUUAUGAUGUAAGUUCUUAAUGCUAUAUUCUGGAGAUAGGAGUCAAAAUUCUUCCCAUAGUAUUUGAGGAUUGUGAAUAUUAUGCUCAACAUUCUCCAUAAGGCCAUUAGGCAUGGGUAGGCAAGUAGUCAGCAAGGUACCAUCUUCAUCACUUCUUUUUGUCUCCUUAACUUUAUCACUGUAAUGCCAGUGCAUAAGUCUACAUCCCAACAUCACAACACAAGCAUUAUAGAUCAAGAAUGACUACUCAAAUCACAUGUCCAAAGUUAUUUUAUAAGAAAAAACUAAACAGAGAUAUAGAUUUAGAUGGAGUACCAAAUGCUUAUGAGCAUUUCUAUGAUGACCAGUCAGAUGAAAUAAAGACUAAGGAGCAGUGGAUUAAAAUUGUUUUGCGUUUUACAAGCUGCUUUGAUUUUACAAAGAGUGUUCUCAUCCCAAGCCCUCUAAAUGAGAUAUAUCUGUGGUCACAGACAGAACUCAGAGUUGAGAGCGUUUGACAGUAGAGACUAAGAUUUUCCCAGACAAGGCUAGAUUUCACCUUAAAAUGUGCCUCCCCGGGCCUGCUACAUGUGGUACAUUGGGCCUUCUACAUGUGGUACAUUACUGAAGGUUUUGUGCAGUGUUCAUUUAGUCCCAGCUGCAGUCACGCCUAUCGUGUUUAUUAGAUUGAUUUAUAAUAAUCUUCUCCCAUGCAUAUGGUCUGCCUAAAUUCCCAUCAGGUCCAAGUUUUCAUCUAUGCCAGUUUCCACUGCCUUGUGUCUUUCUAUUCUCUAAUUUUCAUGUCAUCAAAUGCCCAACCAUUUCAGUCUUUGAGAUUUCUGCAUAUAUUCCAUUCUCGUAAUGUCACCUCUCGGCAACUCCCUCGUUUGUAGUACAAUCUUCUUAAUGCACUCCACCCUUGAAUGUCUGCAAUUCUUAGUCACACCUGUUCAAAAUUUCCCACAUUAUUAUUAACUGUAUCUCAGGUAUCAUCACUUUACCUUUGUCGUUGAAAAGGACAGGAACAAGGCCAUGAAAAUUAGAUAGCCUAAUUUAAAUUAACCUUUUAUAAAAACUGAUCAUCAGGUUUUUCUGCAGGCAUUUACGGGAAUGGUAUUCAUACUUAUCAUAGUCACAUUUCAUAUUGUGUAUGUGAAACUAUAGUUAAAAUUCAAUAAUUUGUUGAAUGAGCAGAGUACUGUGUACUUGUUUUUAUAAAGGUUUUGGGCUGCUAUUUGUUUUUGUCAUGAAUCUCCAAUCACUUAGGUUUUUCUAUUAUAGUUGCAUGUUUCAGUAAAUUAAUUAUACAUCAAAUAUUGAUAAUAAAUGGUCAGGAAGAUAAAACAGUACCAAUAUUUGUCUACGGAAUGGUAGUGUGGCCACUUGUACUUGACUGGUAGCAUUUUAUAUAGAUGGUAAAAUUUUAUUCCAACUCAAAAGUGUGUUCCUCCCAUGCUAUACCAGUGUGCAGUGUGUAUAUGCUACAUACUUGAAGACUACAUUAUGUUAUUGAAAAUGUUUUGGUAGAAACCUAAUAGAUUACGUUGAAAACAGUAAAUCAGUCCCUAGAAAAAUAUAGUCAUUUUAUUCAUGUGAAGAUUUCAAGCUUCUGUAGCAAGUUUUGUUGGAAUUCAUCUGUGCAACUUAUGUGAUAGGGUCUCGAAGAAACACAUACUUGAGGGUAACCACAGAGAAUUCUCGUUUGCCUGGCAUAUCGAGUAGAUAUUUUGGUGUAAAGCAGAUCUGGUAAAGUGUUUCUUAAACAAGUCCUGUUCUGUUAUUUGUCAUAAGUUUUUUGUCAUGUUCAUAAUGUACGUAUCAGCUUAGUAAUGAGUAUUUGUAACAAAAACUGUGAACAGAUUGAUUUUCCUCUUGUAGGAUCUACAUCUUUAUGUAUCUUCACAGUUAAAUUACAGUUUCUUUUCUUAUGUAAUAAAUUGGGACUGAAAAACUAAAAGUAGUAGUUUGCUGUACCAUAGGGUUGCAGCUUAUGCAGUGGUUUAGUGCUGAGGACUCUUGCAACAUACUCGAAACAGUCUGUUGUCAAGACCUGCAUGGUGACCACCCUAAUGUAUGACCAAAAGAAAGUUAUAUAUUAUAUGAAAGAUAGUGUUAGAUAAGUCUUGGACACAUAUUUUAUAAUUAGUAAUAUUUUCUAGAAUUGAAAAGGUUAAAUAACUUAUAAUGUUGAAGAAAUAAAGGAUUUAGAAACCA